CAACUCUAGUCUGUAUGCAAAUAGACACUCUAAGCAAGCAUAGUCUUCAGAAGAAGACUGCUGCAUUUGCAUACUUUCCAUUGUUUUCAGACAGAAGUAGUCUUAAACCACCUACUGAAAAUAACAAAACAGCCUACAUAGCAAAUUAUGGGUUGUUUCAGAUACCAUUAUUCUCAGAAAUUUCAAAGAUAGGUAAAUAAUACUACUUACGAAGCAUUAACAGAUGCAACAAGAGUCCCAUGAGGUUCUCUCCUUGUGAGAGUUGAGGAAGGGAAAAAGGAUGAGAAUGGUGAACCUCUCUUCUCAGAAAGUUUGCACCGAGAGAAAGCAAUCGAAAUGGGUCUGGUUACAGGAGCCCCGCCUUACUCUGAAGGUGUCUAUUCAACUCAUUAUUACCAAAAGCAUAUAGUUGAAGACACUAUUUUCAAGUACAAGAGUCUUCGAGAUUAUAUUCCUGUUGAGCAGAUGACAACCUCGAUUCGUGAGACUGUAUCCAAGCAAAAAUAAGCUAUCUCAAAAGUUAAGAAAGAUGUGUAAAUAAAAAGAAAUUUGCUCAAAUGUCUGAUGAAGAAUUGAUCAAAAGUAUCUUCGAAUUUAGGAAAAGUGACAAAAUUGAUUUCCUCCAAAUGAACUUCUUCUCCCAGUACAUUUCAGAAAUUGGUUUCAGGUUUGGACUGGAUAUGCUAUUUAACUGUCCUCGGGACCAAUUAUAUAUUGCCAUUGUAAGCAUCAACCCUCCAGCGAACUAUUAUAAAUAAAGAGAGAAGUUUGGAUAAGAUUGUUGUGAUAAAAGAGCUAGAUUUUGACAGCUCAAUUAGAACACCAAAAUUUAAAGAUUCAAUGUUCAUUAUCUCGAAUGUCCCAGUCGAUUACAACACUCAUCUUUUGGUUGAUAUAAAAUCAGUCAAGUUCAACUCUAAUGGGAAAACGGAGAUGGAAGAUUUUGCAUGGACAAUUUUCCCUCUGUUCUCAGUGCUAGACUCUGAAGAAACUGACAAGAAAGCUCAAAUAUUUAUCAGAUCUGGUCGGCAUAUGAUUCAACUUUUUUCAGGAGGAGCUAAGAACGAUGUUGUCAAAAGUCUACAAGAUGAUCUUCCUGACACCUGGGAAUUCCUUCUACAAGAGAAAAAGCGGCGAGUUUCCAGUGUAAAUUUCCUAGGAAAUUGUGCAAUCCUUCUCAGAUGAGUGGAUAAUCAAAGAUUUGACUAUGACGCUCUCGAUGAUGAGGUUAUUAACUAUACUUACUGUGAGAAUAAAUACAAACCUUCUGAUAAGGGGACUAAGCUUUCUACACUACUGCCUGAAGGAAAGACUCAGAAAAAAUACGAACAGGAAGUUACUGCAUUAUUAAGAGACAAGUAUGGAAUUCCUUCAUAA